AUGUUGGAAUCCAUUCAUUCAUUAUAUCGAUCCUUUUCAACUAAGCCUCUGUCUCUCUCUCUAGUUACCAAGAAUCAAAAGAAAGAAGAAGAUUUGAAUUUGAUGAGAAGCAUGACAAUUGGAGAUGAUGAUAAAGUUUGGAAGGAGGAAUCUGAAAAAGAUUCUAUUCUUAUUGCAUCAUCAGAGGAUGAAGAAGAUGAUAUAUCCUCCUCAAGUCUUUCAAAUAAUGGCCCUUUAUAUCAACUCUCUAGAGAUCUAAUGGCUCAACUCCCCAUCAAGAGGGGGUUAUCCAAGUAUUACAACGGCAAGUCCCAAACCUUUACAUCUUUGGGCACUGCAAAUAGCCUUCAAGAUCUUUCCAAGAACAAGAAUGAUAGUACAAGUAGAAGAAGAAGAAGAAGACUAAGAAAGGCAGCAUCAUGCAUCACUCCAAAGCAUACAAUAUCAAAGAAGAAGAAGAAGAAAAAGCCUUCAAAGAAACCCUACUCUUUAUUAAUUCAUUCAUUUCCCAACAUCUCUUUUACCCCUCUCCCCGUUAAUCUACUACUCUCCUCCUAUUAUUAAUAAUACCUACCCUUUUCAGACCA